AUAUGAAUGUGUUGAUCUAAGAGUAAACGUAUACUACAUGGAUUAAUCGAUCAGUUUACGUGACUGUUUAUAGUGUUAAAAAGGAAUAAACCAUUAAGUUUUAAUUUAAUACUAAAAAUUGUUAUAUAAAUGAAGACAUUUACGAAGUUCCAUAUCAUUCAUGAGGGCAUAGGAUUUAAACUGAAAACAGAGAGUGGAAAAGCAAUAUCAAUGCAAAAAGUUAGAUAGAUAGCACUUCCAAUGGCAUCACAAACAUCUAUCAAGAGGGAGGAACAUAACUACCUUCGACUGAAUCUAUUAGUGGUCAAGCUCUCCACAGCUGUGCUCAAAGCUAGAUUUAACAAAAGCGUUCCACCUAAAAGACUUCGUAAGAAGCUGAAAAAAUCUCUUGGAAAAAUAGAAAUCGGCAAGAAAAAGAACAUUUUAAGUCAAAAGCAAUACGAUUUACUGUUUCCUCAAGACGCAGCACCAAAUUCUGAUGUAUUCGAUGUUACUUUACUUGUGUAUUUGUUAAGACAUAUAUGUGGACUCGAUGGAAGAAGUAAGUGGUGGACGGAGAAAGAGAACAGAAACAUUCCAGAUUCGGUUGUUGAAGAAGUGGCUGAUAUCGUUCGAAUAAGAAAUGUUCGGAACGAGAUUCAACAUGCACAGGGAGCGUCUAUCGACCAAAAGAAUUUUGAAGAAAAAUGGGACGUAACUGAAAAGGCUAUUUUGCGACUAAGUGAAGUUUGCGGUUUGCAAGAACUACCCAAGGAGAUAGAGAUGAUUAAGAAUCAACCAUUUGAUACUGUCCAAGAGAAGGUUGUUGUCAUUAUGCAGUCACAUGGUUUUGAUGACGAUUAUCGAUACUAUGAUGACGAUGAUGAAUAUUAUGAUUAUGAUGACUAUGACGAUUACGACGAUUAUGACGACUAUGACGGUGAUAGGUAUUAUUCGGAUGACUCCGAUUCUGAAUAUUCCGAUGUUGAAUCCGAUGAUAGUAGGUAUAGAAAAUAUGAACGCGAUUAUCGUGACAACAAAUACGAUCGGUCAGAUGAAAGCGAUACAUAUGAUGAUAAACAUGAUGAUAUCGAUUAUGGUGCUGACAAAGAUUAUUACCACCAAGACAAGAACAGCCGUUCCAGAGAUCGUGAUAGUCAUGAAGAUGCUCAUGAUGAAAACAAUUCACGUAGAGACAAAUAUAGUGACGACGAUUCUGAUGAUGAUGAUAAUACUAGUAUUAGAAGAAAACAUGACUCAGAUUAUAUCGAUAAUCGAAGAAAAAAUCGUGAUGAUACUGAACGUCACAGAUAUGAUCGUGAAUAUAUCGAUUAUCGAGAAGACAGGUAUGAUGAUUACGAUAGACGUGAUUAUCGAGACAGAUAUGACGAUUAUCGUGGUCGUAAACGAUAUCAUGAAGAGGUUGAUUAUGACAGCGAGUCUGAUGACGACUGAAUAUAACAAAGUAAAGUGGUGUUAGACAGGGCAGCAUAUUAUCUGUUUUUGUUUUUCCCAUCCACACCGUUUAAGCAUCAAUAAAGAAAAGAUGUAAUGAUAAAAACGAAAAGUAGCAGAUAUUCAAGUUUCCUUGACCUCGAAGUUCAAAACAGUUAUUUUGGGCAGAUAAUGCAUUACCGAAUAGAGACUCGUAUAACUUUGUAAAAUUAAAAUAGAGAAAAAAAACAAUACAUAAAAGAACAAAGCAUACAUACUGUGAGCAAAGAGUAACGGAGAGAAAACGAUGAUCUGAUUUUAAUGAGACUGAGCAAAUGUCAGAUCUUGGUUAUUAAGUCUUAAAUUUUAGAUUAUGUUUGCCAAUUUCCCAGAUCCUGUUGAUGGUAAAAAACCUGUACCGCCUUAACUUUUUUUUGUAUUUUAAAGUUGGCAUUUCAAUAAGGAGAACGUAUAUGUUUCCUCUUUAUAUAAUCAUGUUAAAUAUUCUUUUGUUAUAAUACAUGAAAAUUAUCUCAAUAGUAAUGCGUUAAGGAAAUAUCUUACAAAAUUUAGAAUAUCUUUUUUUUCCUCAUUCAUCACAUGUAUAUAAGAGAAGAUACCAUACGAAUAAAACUGUUAGAACUGAAAAAUAGUGUGUAUAUUGUAAUCUUCAUGACGUUAAAGACGAAUAUCAUUGCAUUACCUUAAUAUUGUAACGGUAUAAGAAGAAUUAUAUAAAACGAUACUAUUAAACAAGACCUAGUUUGUUUAAAUUGAUUCAUAUGCUGAAAUCAUAAAAAAUGAAAUGUACUGAUAAAUGUAUUCUUAUAUAUAAGAAAUUUUUGUUGACAUGGAAUUUCCUUCUUUUCUAGACAAAACAUAACUUUAUUAAUAAUACUCUAUGUCAAUAUGAAAAUAGCCUAUUUGAAUUUUAUCAUUUUAAUUUAUAUAUAGUGUAUAUUCAUUGUCAUUUUGUUUAUAUUUGUAUGUCGAUGUAUAAUUGUACAAUUCAAAAAUAUAGCAUCCGUACUGUUCUGUAAUUCAAUAAAAAUAC